ACCCUGCAUUCACUUUAUCUGGUCUCCCUGGACCCUGCAUUCACUAUAUCUGGUCUCCCCGGACCCUGCAUUCACUAUAUCCGCUCUCCCCGGACCUUGCAUUCACUAUAUCCGGUCUCCCCGGACCCUGCAUUCACUAUAUCUUGUCUCCCCGGACCCUGCAUUCACUAUAUCUGGUCUCCCCGGACCCUGCAUUCACUAUAUUUGCUCUCCCUGGACCCUGCAUUCACUAUAUCUGAUGAAUAUUUUGUAUUCACAAUUUCAGACAGCAUGUUAGGACUAUGUAAAACAUUAUCUAUAAACUUAAAAAAAAAAAAAAGCAAAAUAAAACGUUAAAACAAAAUUGACGCAAAACCAUCA